CUCGCAGCCUACAGGCAACCUGAGCUUCAUCACCACCUCCGACGCCGCCAUCAACCAUCACAACCCCGACCUAUCAAUCGCGCAUCUCCAAUCGCCGCUGUGCAGCAUCCGAAUCACAAGCCAGCACACAAACUCCUUCUCAUCGCCACAACCCUCGACUCUACAACCCGCUGCCCUUGAGCGCCGCCCGCCAUCAUGUCAAUGCGCAUCAUCCCCGAGGCCAACACCUCCUCCUCCUUCUCGCACAAUGCCGAACAGACGACAUCGGCCCCGUCUGCCCCCGGCGUCCACGACACGCUCCGCCACGGCCUCGGCCAGACCCCUCUCGAAGCCAAGUCGUCGAAGCCCGUGUCCGCACACCCCCUCGAGGCGCGCCUGAAGAACUGGGAGGCUACACAGGAGGCUGUCCGCAUGGAGACGCUCCGCCGCACAUUUGGCAUGGCCGAGCCUAUCCGCCGCGGCAUGGAGCUCAAGAUGGUGCGCGAUAGCGAGUGGCGCCCUCUGGCGCUCGGCAACGGGCUGCCCAGCGUGCACGAGGAGAUCUUGAGAGGACGCGAGGACAUUAUCACAUGGGAGGACAUCUACACUGGCGACGACACAAAACCCAUUGCUGGAUUCCACGACGAGAUGGAGAAGAAGCUCAAGAUCCAGCCGUAGAUGGUUGGGCUAGGGUUUAGCAUAUGGACAUAAAUCGUGUACAACAGCUGUCCUUUCUACGGAUAACAUAAAAUGAAAAGCAAUUAAAAAAUAACAAUCGUACAACAAACGCUCUUGUAUUUAUAAAACUCUGGCUUGGAUGUGAAAAAAAGGUCUAUCAUGGUGAUAUAUACACACCUUGGAGUCCAGCAAGCCUGCCCGCCCCAAGCUGGUUGGUUUGAGGAAAUAGGUAGAAGAUACACGUGUGUCCCAAUUCAAAAGAGAAACAAAAUCCGCAAACAGGACGCCAUAAACAGGCUCGGAGAAUUCGCAUCGUAUAUGCUGCGCCGUCUGUCGCGGCACAGGCGCUGACCUAAGAAGUAUUUCCAAGGUUUUCUGAUGCAAACAAAAGUCCCCAUGUCAUAUAUAAAUGAGAGUAGGUAUCGGGGCGUCUAACCCCGCGCUAAUUCCAACGUAGAUAAUAGUCGCUGUAUCAAAAAAAAAAAGGCAAAUCAAGUAUGGAUCAGCAGACCUAGUCCCGGCACCAUGGGAUGCACAUUGUGACUAGAUUGCUGUGUGUAUGUGCUCAGCGACUGCCUACGCCGCACUAAGCACGAGGCAGCCGCUAAAGUUGGGGAUUCCAGUAGUGUGAAGGACGGACGCAUCCGCGUCUUGUCAUUGUUGUUUACAAAAUGACGCAGCAAAGGCCGCGGCUCGGUGUGUGGCUGUCAUCAGCAAGGCCACCUGGAAGCGUCUUGCUUCCAGUUUUGGGCUCUUCCUCAUCCAGAUCUUGCGGGCGUAUGCUCAUGUGUACAACGUUGGGCGUCUCUGUACUGAAUUGAUAUUCUAAAUAGUUGGUCAGCGGGGUGUUAUGAGGAGUUAUGAUGGUACGGCAUACUCUUUAGCGGUUCCUUGUCAUCCAAAAGUUUACCGAAAUGGAUCAGUCUAAUGCUGCUCGGACUGGCAGGCUUUGCUUCCCAGUCAUUGCGCCACUCGCGGAGGAUGAGCUCCUUCAAUGUAUAAAUGCUGAUGCUAAAUGGAUCGGGAUGGCCGGCCGCGGUUGUCUCGGGUACAACCACAUUUCGUCGGGUCAGGUAUUUCGCAUCGAGUUUGUAUGGGUGACGGCUUCCAGUAGUCAGGAGAAGAGUAAUAUUACAGACAGGCGGACUGUUGGGCUCGGCUGCAGGCGCUUUGAUUUCAUCUUGAGCCGGACCAAUGGCGAUCGCACCAUCGUCGUCUUUCUCUGUUGAUUGUGGUGCAGGUGUCUCCUCCUUUUGCUUGCCCUUCAGAUCAGCAUUUGGCACAGAUUCUGCGUCCUCGGUUUGUUGUGAAGUAGCCUUGUUAUUCAGCGCUGUCGUCUCAUCGUUUGACGCAGACGGCAUCGUCGGCUCAGAACCGGCAGCAAUAUCGGCAGUGGCCGGAGCAUCAACAGGUUGGGUUGAGGUCUCCGCGGCCGUCGUAUCUUUCGAAGUAGACAUGUUAUAUACGUUUGAAUUAAGACAAUAUUGCAAUCUAGGGAAGAAACAAUGGCGAAAGUUGGUCGGUGGUGUCGGGUAGUUGUAGACGGCAAUUAUUCGAAGACGAGGUCGAGGCUAAGAAAUAUAACCGAUGGCUGAGAAACUAGCGUAUGAAUCCAGUGAGUUCCAGUCGGUAUUUAUCUUGCCGAGAUAGAUCAAGCGUUGACGAUGAUAACCCGCAGCAAAGGGUUGGGGUUUGAAUAGUGGCGAAACGACAGCGAGCGACCAAAGGGGCGCAGCCCGGGGGACGACGGCGAGGCAGACGAGGGGUAAUGUCGAUGCUUAAAAGUUAAAGGACGGUGCCGUAAGAAUAUUGGCUGUCUUCUGGCGAUGACAGACGACGGCAAAUAGAUAGAAUCGCUGGGGUUGGCGUGCGUAGAAUGGAAAUGACGAACAAGAGGAGAAGCGACAUGUGC